AUGAACGCUGUCUCGCGGCCCGACGAGAUCAAGACGAUCGGACAGGCGAAGGACGAGCAGCUCGGCAUGACGGACAAGACGGAUUACUUCUCCGUGUGCGCCACCAUCUUGUACAUCAAGCAGGAGACGUUCUCGUACCCCGCCUGUCCCGGCGAGGGUUGCAACAAGAAGCUCAUCGACGAGGGUGCCGAGUGGCGUUGCGAGAAGUGCAACCGAACGUACCCCGGCCCGGUGCACCGGUACAUUCUGCAGAUGAACGUGAUCGACCACACGGGCUCGUUCUGGAUCACGGGCUUCAACGAGGUCGGCGAGCAGAUCAUGGGCGUCUCCGCCAACGAGCUGUUCAAGCUCAAGCAAGAGUCGGACCCCGAGGCCGAGAAGUACUUUACGCGGGCGGCCGGCCGCGAGUGGGACUUUAAGAUCAUGGCCAAGCAGGACUUCUUCAACGACACGGCGCGCGUGCGCUACCAAGCCCGCUCGUGCGCGCCCAUCAACUACGCCCAGAGCUCGCAGGCGCUCGUCGACAAGAUUGAGGCAAUGGCCGUCUAA